GAGUCCCGACGUGCCGCGCGCGGCAUGCGGAGGCUUCGCUGAGAGGGCACGGGCGGUCGCGAGCACGUUGCUAGUGGGCGCGGCUGGCAGGCCGGAGGCGGUAGGGGGCUAGCGUCCGGCUGAGUCCCGCGGGUUCUGGCACCCGGACCCGCACUCGGUCGGGGUGCUCUGCUGAGUAACACUGCCGUGGCGUUCGCGGAGCUGUGGUCCAGCCUGCGCGGCGGGAAGCGGCGGCGGCGGCGGCGGCCCCAGCGUCCUAAGAGCAGCUGUAGCACACAGACAGAGACCCUGAUUGCCCUUCCCUUCCACAAGACACCAUCCUGGUCCAUCACAUUGAUGGUGUUGUGCUGAUUGGACCUGGUGGGCAAGAAGGAACAACUACUGUUGACUUACUGUUUUUCUGGGUCAGGAGUAUGGGCACAUCUUAGCUGGUUUGCUGCUGAGCAUCUCAAAGUGUCAAGCAGGCUGCAUUCUCAUCUGGAGAUUCAACAGUGGAAGAACCUGUUUGCAAACUCAUUCAGAAGCUGAAACCUAUCAACACUCUUCAAAAUGCAAUGGAACGUACCACGGACUGUAUCUCGACUGGCACGCAGGACAUGCUUGGAACCACAUAAUGCUGGUCUUUUUGGACGCUGUCAAAAUGUAAAGGGACCUUUACUUUUGUACAAUGCUGAAUCCAAAGUGGUUUUGGUACAAGGCCCUCAAAAACAAUGGUUGAAUUUAUCUGCUGCCCAGUGUGUUGCAAAGGAAAGGAGGCCAUUGGAUACUCAUUCACCCCAACCAGGAGUCCUUCGCCAUAAGCAAGGGAAGCAACGUGUUUCAUUCAAGAGGGUUUUUUCAUCCAGUGCCACAGCUCAGGGAACUCCAGAAAAAAAGGAAGAGCCUGAUCCUUUGCAAGACAAAUCUAUUAGUCUUUAUCAACGGUUCAAGAAGACAUUUAGACAGUAUGGAAAAGUUCUGAUUCCAGUGCAUCUAAUAACUUCUGGUGUUUGGUUUGGAACAUUUUAUUAUGCGGCCUUGAAAGGAGUGAAUGUCGUUCCUUUUCUAGAACUCAUUGGGUUACCUGACAGUGUGGUAAGCAUCCUGAAAAACUCCCAGAGUGGAAAUGCACUCACAGCGUAUGCCUUGUUUAAGAUCGCAACACCUGCUCGGUACACCGUGACUUUGGGAGGAACAUCCUUCACUGUGAAGUAUCUGCGCAGUCACGGCUACAUGUCCACGCCACCACCCGUCAAGGGGUAUCUACAGGACAGGAUGGAGGAGACAAAGGAGCUUAUCACAGAGAAGAUGGAAGAAACGAAAGACAGACUCACUGAAAAGUUACAAGAAACCAAAGAAAAAGUUUCCUUUAAGAAAAAAGUGGAAUAAGGUGCCUUACAGCAGUAUAGAAAAUUCCUGCACUUUAACCCUUUGGAAACUGUGGGCAAAGAUACGUGUGUCUGAUUAUUUUUUUGGUUAGUUGUCUAAAUAUACAAGUUCUCUGAGGGUUAAAGAAGUAAAAUACCUUUUUAAAGUUAAAUAUCACUAGAAAAGUCAGUGUUAUUACAUGGAAAGAAAUGAACCCAGUGUAAGAAUUUCCCAUCAGUAGCAGUAUUAAGCAGUGGUGAACGUCGUAGAAGUCAUACUUCUUUUUCAGGGUCUUCAGAACCACACUUGAUUUCUGUUUUGUUGCAGCUGUAAUUGAUGCACACUAGAGCAGUUGACUCCUGGAAUAACCAGUGCGACACAUAAAAUAGGCUAAUACUGGAUCUUAAUGUUUAUGUUAUUCAUUGAGGUUUUAACUGUAUUCAGUACGUAAUUUGGAGACAAACUAGCAUCAUCAAAACUGAAUAAGAAGGUAUUUAGUCUUUCUAUAAAAACAGAAUAGAGCAGUUACCUACCAGUUAAAAUAUCUUACAUGAAGAAAAUGGAAUAAAGAUUCAGUCAUAUAUAUGUAAAUACGAUGUAUUGAUUGUAUGUAAAUGAAAAAUGGACCCUUUAAAAAUUAUUUUUACCUGAAGCUUGUCAUAAUUUUUUUAAGCAAAUAUAUAUAUGGUGAUGGUAUUUUUCGAAGUGUGUAUUGGUGGUGAUCGCCUCAAACAUGUCUCGUGAAUUAUUUGUGUCCUUUUCAGCUAAUCUUUCAGAGGAAAGGUGAACAAUCAUUAAACCUUAAAUUUAUUGUUAAAAUCAAA